AUGGAGAAGCACAUCUUCUUAUUGAUUCUUCUCUUUCUAAUUCAAUUUUCUAUAUCACUUGCUUCCUCUAAUGAGACUGACCAACAAGCUCUGUUAGCUUUCCAAAAUCUUAUUACAAGUCCUAAUCAUUUUUUGGCCAAUAAUUGGACCAAAAAUACUUCUUUUUGCUCUUGGUAUGGUGUCACUUGCACACCAAAAAGCCAAAGGGUUGUGGCCUUGGAUCUUCCUAAUUUGCAACUUCAAGGCACAAUUUCCCCAUCUUUGGCCAAUUUGUCCUUCCUCGGUGUUCUCAAUCUCCAGAACAACAGCUUCCGUGGUGGCAUCCCUUAUGGACUUGGCCACAUGCCUCGCUUGCGAGUUAUUGAUGUUAAAAAUAAUCAGCUCAAUGGAAGUAUACCAACAAGUCUAUUUCAAAACCGGAGAGUUCAAGUAAUUUCAUUGGCUUUCAAUGAACUCAGUGGUGAAAUGUGGAGAGGGCCAUGGUAUGUACCCAAACUCAGAGUCUUAAAUCUCAGGAACAAUAGCCUCACAGGUAUAAUCCCUCCUUCUGUUGGAAAUGCCACAAAAUUGUUGAACAUCAAUUUGUCUGGGAAUAGAAUCAAUGGUAACAUUCCAAUGGAGAUCAGUAAUCUUAGCCAACUUGCAUUUUUGUUCUUGUUAGAUAAUCAAUUAACAGGUUCCAUUCCUCCAACACUGUUUAAUAUCUCGUCGCUACUUGGCAUAUCUCUGUCAUUCAAUGGCCUUUCUGGUCCUCUCUUGCUAGAUGAAGGAAAUAUUGUGUCAAAUCUGAAGCAUUUAAGUAUGUCUUUCAACCAAAUUUCUGGUUGCAUUCCUUCCAACAUAUGCCAACUCACAGAGCUCAAACUUUUGUCCAUAUCUUUCAACAAUAUAACUGGACACAUACCUAGAAAUAUUGGUUGUUUAUCCAAACUCGAAAGGUUUUAUAUUGGUGAAAAUCCAAUAGAAGGGACUAUUCCCACUUCAUUGGGAAAUAUUUCUACUCUGCAAUAUCUUGAUUGUGUCGACAAUUGGAUGAAGGGCAAAUUCCUCAAGAAUUAG